AUCACAGCUGGCAGGGAGACAACGUGCGCAGGCGUGGCACAACAUUUUUUCGCGCUGCCUAAUGGCGCGAACAUAUAUAUAGGCUUUCAAAAGAAAGUUUUGGUAUCUUGAUGCAUCUUAUUGUUCAAGGUGUUAAACACGAAACAAAAAGAAAUGUUGCACUGUCUCCAGAAGUACAAAAGUACUCUUCAUUAUUAUGCUACUGGAACAUUUCAAACAGUUAUUGGUGAUCAUAUCAGAGUUAAUAAAUCUACUGUAUUUAGAACUAUUAAAAGAGUUUCAACUGCUAUUGCUCGUCUUUACCCUCAGUCUAUAAACAUGCCUCGUACCGCACUUGAAAGAAGUAUUGUUCAAACAGGGUUUUAUAAAAUAAGAAAUUUCCCACGUGUUAUUGGUGCUAUAGACUGCACUCAUAUACGGAUACAGUCUCCUAAUAGUGAUAUUGGUGAACGGUUUCGUAACAGAAAAGGGUAUUUUUCUUUUAAUGUUCAGGUUAUAUGCAAUAGUAAUAUGGAAAUUAUGAAUAUUGUUUCUCGUCAGAGCAAAGUUUGAAAAUCAUGAAUAUGGAAAUAAUGUUUUUUUGAUUGGGGAUGGUGGUUAUCCAUAUCGAAGUUAUUUAAUGACUCCACUCUUAAACACGAGUACACAAGCAGAAGAAAAUUAUCAAAGAGCACAUAUUAGUACAAGGAAUGUUGUUUAAAGGGUCUUUGGAGUAUGGAAAAGGAGAUUUCCUGUUUUAGCUGUUGGAAUACGCACCCAGCUUAGCAGUGGAUAUUUUAACUAAUAUACUGGUCAUUAAUGACAUUAAUGUCGCCCAGACAAAACUUUUCGUCGCCUAGUAGAUGAUAUAUUUAAUUACUGGGCGACAACGGUUUUUUAUAAAAAUUUCGAUGUUUGAAAUUAUUACAUAGUUUUAAUU